AUGAAAUCCGAACACAACGAUUUAGAAAUAGAAAAUUUCUCAACUAACACCCACCAUUGCUCACUAUCUACCACCACCGUUACUACCUAUAGAGGUAGAGAAAAGGAUUCAUUAACAUUGACAACGGCAUCUACCUUCGACUCAGUCGGUGCCGAUGUAGAAGACUCCACCAACAACAUCCAAAAUGAUCAAAUGUCAUCCAAUUCCCGCCCCUUUGACUAUGAUGGCUAUAUGGGAUACGACUCCUCAUUUCUUGCCCCCACCUCCCAAGACGAUGCUUUCUCUGGCCACCAGUUGCCAUCCAUCUCCGAUGACCUCAAUGUUGAUCCUCCUACCAGUGUUACGUCCACUGUGGACUUAACCAAUAAUAACCAUUUGCAUUCUCAAGAGAUGCAUGAGUUUGGGAUGCCUGAAGCAAACCAGUUCACCUCGCCUUUCGAGACCAUGGCGACACCUGAAACUAAUGGGAAUAUAAAAGGGUAUGGAGAGGAUGAUUGUGACAUUUUUGCCUCUCGUGGACCAGUUUUGCCCGAUCCAACUCAGAUGCAGGAGGAAGGCUUUCAACGACGUGAGUGGCGACGACAAAACGCACUCCAUCUCGAGGAAAAAGAAAAUAGAGAGAAGGAAAUGCGAAAUCAAAUUAUUAAUGAAGCUGAAGAAUAUGUAAGAGAAUUUUAUAAGAAAAGGCAACUUAAUUCUGAAACUAACAAGGCUCACAAUAGAGAAAGAGAGAAGUUGUACCUGGCUAACCAAGAGAAAUUCCAUAAAGAAGCAGACAAACAUUAUUGGAAAGCCAUUGCUGAAAUCAUUCCUCGAGAGGUGCCAAAUAUUGAAAAAAGAGGUAGGAAAGAUCCUAAUAGCAGAGCUUCAAUCAUGGUAAUUCAAGGUCCAAAACCUGGAAAACCCACUGACCUUUCAAGGAUGAGACAAAUUUUUGCAAAGCUCAAACAGACUCCUCCAACUCAUAUGAUGCCUCCACCGCCUGCAAAAGAUGGUAAGGAUAUGAAGGAUGGGAAAGAUGUGAAGCAAGGGAAGGACACUAAAGAGGACAAAGAUAUGAAGGAUGGGAAAGAUGGGAAGCAAGGGAAGGAUACUAAAGAGGGAAAAGAUAUGAAGGAUGGGAAAGAUGGGAAGCAAGGGAAGGAUACUAAAGAGGGCAAAGAUACAAAGGAAGGGAAAGAUAGCAAGGAUGCAAAAGAAGGGAAUGAAGAUAAAGAUAAGAAAAAUUUUAUUGCACCUCCUACUACACCACCUACUACAACAGAAACUGCUCCACACACCCAGCCUGCUUUACUUGUUAAAGAUGAUGGUGCUUCCAACUCAUCUAAAAUAGAGACACCGAUUGGUGCUAAGGGAGAUAAAGAUGCUGCAAAUGAUCCACCAACAACUGAAUGAUGACACACCACCAUUUUUUUUUUAAUUUCUUGUUGUUCUUUAUAUAUUUUGCAUAACCAUUUUUAAAAGAAUAAUUGUAGCCCCGUCAGGUUUUCUUGACUUAGAUCUAGGUUAUUGCCAAUUGCAAACUUCUUCCUUAACUCCUAUGGGAUUUUCUGGGCGUCAUUGAAAUUUGGUUUCUUUUUCUUGUCCCUUCACUAUUAUACCU